GGGGAUGGUGCGGGAGCGCGCAGGCGUCGGGCCGCCAUGGCGGAGGGCGGCUCGGCCGACGGGGACUUGGAGCCGCCGCUGCGGCUGCGGCGGUUGCGGGGCGAAGGGUUCUUCGAGGUGCCGGCGGCUGAUCGGCUGGGAAGAUGCCGGAGUGUGAAGGAGUUUGAGAAGCUGAACCGGAUCGGGGAGGGCACCUACGGCAUAGUGUACCGGGCCCGGGACACCCUGACAGACGAGACCGUGGCAUUGAAGAAGGUGCGGAUGGACAACGAGAAAGAUGGAAUGCCCAUCAGCAGCCUGCGGGAGAUCACCCUGCUCCUGCAGCUUCGGCACCCCAACAUCGUGGAGCUGAAGGAGGUGGUUGUAGGGAACCAUUUGGAGAGCAUUUUCCUGGUGAUGGGCUACUGCGAGCAGGACCUUGCCAGCCUUCUUGAGAACAUGCAGACACCUUUUUCAGAGGCUCAGGUGAAGUGCAUCAUCCUGCAAGUCCUCAAGGGCCUGCAGUACCUUCACGAGAACUACAUCAUCCACAGGGAUCUGAAAGUGUCCAACCUGCUCAUGACUGACAAAGGCUGUGUGAAGAUAGCCGAUUUUGGACUGGCACGCACCUACGGGCUGCCACCCAAGCCCAUGACCCCCAAGGUGGUGACGCUGUGGUACCGGGCGCCCGAGCUGCUGCUGGGGAUGACGACCCAGACCACCAGCAUCGACAUGUGGGCCCUGGGCUGCAUCCUGGCCGAGCUGCUGGCCCACAAGCCGCUGCUGCCGGGCACCUCUGAGAUCCACCAGAUUGACCUCAUUGUGCAGCUCCUGGGGACGCCCAACGAAAACAUUUGGCCGGGUUUCUCCAAGCUGCCCCUGGUGAGUCAGUACACCCUGCGGAAGCAGCCCUACAACAACCUCAAGCACAAGUUCCCCUGGCUGUCGGAGGCUGGGCUGCGGCUGCUCCACUUCCUCUUCAUGUACGAUCCCAAGAAGCGGGCCACAGCUAAAGACUGUCUGGAGAGCUCCUACUUCAAGGAGAAGCCCCUCCCCUGUGAGCCAGAGCUCAUGCCCACCUUCCCCCACCACCGCAACAAGCGGCCGGCCGCCACGGGGCCCGAGAGCCAGGCCAAGCGCAGCAAGCCCUGAGCUGUGCCCCAUGCCAGGAGGCACAGCCCCAGCCCUGAGCUGUGUCCCAGGGGAAGAGGUACAGCUCUGGCCACGCCACCUCUGCUGUCCACAACAGCAAAGCCCUUCCCGGGACAGCUCCUGAACAGUCUCCCCUGCAGUGGGGCAGAGACAGCCUGGCUGUGGCAGGGAGAGCUGUGACCCAACACCUCAUCCAUGUCCCCUGCCCCAGACCUGCACAGGCUGUGCUGUGGCACUGGGGGCAGGAUUGAGGAUGGGGGCCUGGGGUGCUGGCAGGGCUGUGUCCCGGGGGUCCCUGGGUGCUGGCUGUGUGAGGUAACCCCAGCUGUGCUGUCAAUAAAAGCAUGUGCCAGGA